AUGGCGCCAUCGCUGGUCGCUGCGUACGCGUCCGACUCGGAUGAGGACGAGGCCGUGCCGAAUGUCGCACAGGACCAGGUAGAGACGCCUGCGCCGCGUGCGUCGGGCCUUGCGCUGCCCCCGCCAAAGAAGGGGGGGGGAGUAAAACGCCAAAUUCACGUCGAUCUCGCACCAGCGCCGCAGGACAAAGAGCCGGCGCCGGCGAAGCGGCCGCGCAUGCAGGCGCAGCCGGGCGGACACGGCCUCCUCAGCAUGCUCCCCACACCUUCUGCCACCAAGCCGGCGAAGCCGAAAGAGGAGGCACGUGUGGAAAAUAGCGUCGACGACGAUGCGCGCCUCUCGAUCGUGGACGAUGCCAAGGCGGGCGAGGCCAAAGGCAACAAUGACUUUCGCGCCAUGCUGGGCUUGGCCCCGAAAUCUGCGCCAAAGACGGAGCGCGCCAAGCCCGUGAUCCUCAACGAGCCCGCGCACGAACCACCUGCAGAAAAACAGGACACGAUACCCCACGAUACCCCCUCGACGGGCUUUUUUGCGCCCGGCGUGGACGAAAAUGCCGGGCCGAGUACGCGGCCUUCCUCGUCGUUCCGCGUGUCGGCGGCGCCGGACGUUGAUGCGAAAGUGCCCGAGCCCGAGCCCGAGCCCGAGGUCGAUCUCCAGGAGCUGUACCCCGGCUGGCGCUGCGACCCCGACGGGUCGUGGUACCCCGUGACGCCCGAGGCGCAUGCGCAGUAUGCGGCGUGGGCGCAGCAUGCCGAGGCCGAGGAGGCGGCGCGCGCUGCGCUGCAGUCCAAGUCGGACGCGAUGCCCGAUCCGUCCAAGAUGCACACCUUUGACGCCGGCGAGGCCCUGCAGAGCGCCGAGCACACGCGCCCCCCGCCGCCCGUCAACAAGAAGCCCAAGGUGGAGUGGCAAAUCUCGGACAAGCUGCAGUCGGAGCGCCUGACGAAUACGCGCGCGCGCAACCGUGGCCAGCUGUCUGCGCUCCUUGCGCAGGCUCAGGAGUCGCGCGAUGUGCUCGAGGAAAAGUGGGCGCAAGGCAAGGCGAAGCGUCGCGAAAACAGCAAGCGCUAUGGCUUCUAA